CUGGACAUUACACCCUCUGUGGUUGAAUUUAGCGUGCUUUUAGGUUAAGGAAAUAUGAAGUUUUUCUAUAAAAUAUAUUAAGUAAUAUUUAGGAAAUAUGAAAAUUAGCCAUAUUAUGGAAUUAGUGUUGGUUCUACUAAUAACUGUUUUGUGCAGUAUUCUUGUAUUCAAAUUACUUUACAAAUUAAAGUCAGCAGUACCGUGGCGUGUGAACUGUUGGUUCUGUAACAAUAAUUUUUGGAUAAAAUACUUACAUCGGAAUUCUUGGACUUGCCCUAAUUGUGACCAGUAUAAUGGAUUCACUAAGGACGGUGAUUACAAUAAACCUAUUAUCACUACAAAUGAGCAAACGUUUAGUACGCCAAAAGUGUUUCAGAAAAGUCCUCCAAAAAAUGGUCUCUGUAAGAUGUGCAACAUAAAUCAGCAGUUGAAGGUGGCACAGCUUGCAAGCUUCGUGCCAAUAAAUGAGAAGAAAUAUGAUGAAGAAAUAGAUACAUAUAGGGCGCAAUUAGAUAAAGCCUACAAAUUAUGCAGCCCGUGCAAAAGAGUCCUCCACAUGAAGCUUUACAAAGAGAAACAGACACUUCUCGCUACCAAAUUACUGGAGACUAGAUCCACAGAUAAGAGAAACCAACACAAAGACAACCAAAGUCAAGUUCUUAAGAGCUUCAUAAAUAACACCUCGAUGAUAAUAGCGGGCAUGUUAUUUAUUGCUGUGACAUUAGAAUUUCAUAAAAACAUAAUGAAAGACAAGAAAUUGUAUACCUCUGUAACAAACAUAAAGGAAAUUGUAUCUGGUCUUCUAGAAAGAAUAGCUUGUAUUAUAAAAAUGAAGACAUUGAUGACAUUUCCAUCAUUAGAAAAUUACCUCAUUGACUUAGACAAUGUAUUAUUUUAUAAUGAUAGAUGGCCAAAACUAUUUACUUUUAAUAUUAGUAAGUUAGAUAAUAUUAUAAUAUUGACGCAGAAAACGCUAGGUGGUUUUGUAUGUUUGUUACAAAUAAUAGGACAUAUAUGGAAUGUAAAUAAACAAAAGUAUACAAUUUUAAUUGAUUUACUGUGGUCAGUGUUUGUAUUGACCGCUGUAGCUCAUCAUUCCACUGCCAUAGAUCCAAUUAUUAUGAGUAUAAUUAAGCUGUCCAGCACUUUGAUAGUGCUAUUAGUGUAUAAUAAGAUGAAAACUAAAGCCUCUACAAUUAUAAGAAGUUCUGGAACGCCAAAGGGAAUGAAGAACCUUACAAAUGGUACAACUUAUCCAUUGCUAGAUGAUGAAGAUACUUUAUCCUUUGGUACCGAUGAUGAUGUGUCGCUGAGUAAAUUUGGUUUACACAACUUUUCAGAUUCAUCUACUGAGACUAUAAGUCCAUUGAACAGUGGCUUACUAAAUGGUAAAUCAUUCUCAUCACGAUGUGAUAGCAUCUGGACAAAACCCAAACAUAACUCUACAUUUUGUGUUAACCCUGUCAUUACUAAAAGUCCCAGUUGUGUUUCUGAAGCUGUUACUGCCAAAUCUUCUUUCAAUAAAUACCAGAAUUUAGUUAAAGAUGACUCCGAUUCAGAUUUAGAUGAAAGUAUAAGUUCUUUGCGUAUUGGUAGCCCAAAGAAACCAAUGAAAAGUAAUUCUGUAUUUUCUCUUAGAAAAUUCAAUCCCACUCCCACUUUUGCGACUCCAACGCCAUUGAAUCGCUCAAGACCUCUUAUAUCGCCAAGUAAGUUGGGUCAUAGUACUUCAUGGGUCGCUGGUGGUUAUUGGGGUUCUGAAGGGGAUCGACAGAUUUUCAAUGUAAACGGCAGUCGUUCCUCCAGUCAAAGCUCUGGGUUUGAAUCUCAGACAUCUAGUAUGACUCAACGUAAUAUUUUUUCGCAGCCUCCUUCACGUGAAGAAUCUAUUUGUGGCGAACCUAUGGUCAUAGACAACCAAGUUCCCAGUUUGAAUAGUUUUCAAUCGCCUCAAAAUUUCCGUAGCGUCAAUUCACCAGUGUUCCCCCAAAUGCAGUACAAUGGCCACGUGCACAUACCUCAGCCAAAAUUUGCUCAACCGAACUUCAUAUCGCAGAGUGUAUUCACACAACAGCAGCCACACAUACCAAACAGCAUGUUCAAAACUCCCGGGCUGAUUAAGUUGCCUCAAGUAAAUUCUUUUGCGUCUCAUUAAGUAGACUAGUCAGCCUUAACUUCUCUUAUAUGUGAAAAUAGUACAUUAUAUUUUUUGCCUAUUUUUUUCGCUUCGAUAUUUAGUCUUUUUAUUUUGUUAAAGGUUCCAUGAACUGCCAUUAUAUUAAAAUAUUUGUUAAGUUAUCACGUAGUAUUUGUAAGUGGUUGUUAGUCGUAAUGUUUGAGACUAAAGUUAGCGUUAAGACUAUUUGCUGAUCUCGUGUUGAAGCCUGUUGUGGCUAUGUGAAAGCAUUAAGAAUUAUUGUAUUGUUACAAUUUUUAUACGGACGUCACUGUCCUCUUGUCGAACAAAAUGUGAUAUUAUAAAGACUCGUAAUUUAUGCAAAAAGUGAAGAGAAAAUGAUUCUUGAUGUUAUCAUUGUUUUGGUUUUGUCAUUUUAAAUCUGAAACUUUUUGUGAAGCUCCUGCAAUAAAAAAUGUAAAAUA